AUGUUUGUAUAUUGUGUAUUAUUUAUUAUAUAUUUGAAAUGUUAUAGUUGUAAAAAUUGGACUAUAGGCUAUAUCACUACUUUAAAUGGUAAGGAUAAAAGUAAAGCGGAGGGAAGGAAAAUUUCGGGGGCUAUGUCUUUAGCGGUACAAAAUGUGAACAAUGAUCCGAACAUUUUACCUAAUGAUACAUUAAAUUUUCUUUUCGGUGAUAAUUUGGAUGAUCCAUUCACUAGUGUACGGGUUGAAACCGAACAAUGGAAAAAUGGUGCUGUGGCUUUUAUUGGACCCGAGGAUUACUGUGAAAUAGAGGCCAAUGUGGCCGCAUCAUGGAAUAUACCUAUGAUCUCCUAUAAAUGCGAUGACCCAGUAGUGUCGGAUAAAUCAAGAUUUCCAACAUUUGCUCGAACUCAACCACCAAGUACUUUGUCAGCAAAGUCUGUGAUAGCGUUAAUGCAACAUCAUAACUGGAAUAAGUUCACAAUUGUUGUAGAAAAGAGAGAUUUGAUGACCCGUGCAGCCGAAAAACUUAAAGCAUUAGCAGAACACAAUAACAUGACUGUCAAUGCCUUAGUGAAUUUUACAGGACCUUAUGGAUCCUUUGAACAUUUUAAUGAAAUCCAGUCAAUUGUCAUGAAAACUUAUAGAAAAACAAGAGUGUAUGUAAUGUAUUCCUAUCCGCCAGCCUUUAUAGAUUUUGUAAGAUUUAUGCAGGAGUUAGGAUUAACAGAUACCGGUGAAUAUGUUGUUAUUGGUAUCAGAAAUGAUGAGGUGUUUGAUGAAGCUGGAAAUAAAUAUCUGAUGUUCCAAGUAUUUAUUAACUUCAGUAUCAUACUCAGUCGAAGAGAUUUUACUCGACCUUUGAUGUUAGUUUUUAUAUUAAGUCUCAAGGCAAUAAUAUCAUUAACACCAUUUAUAAACCAUACAUUACAGAUUGAUAUAUUUGCUGCCUAUCUAUAUGAUGCUGUGAUGGUUUACGCUAGAGCUUUAGAUGAAGCACUAAAGAAUGGUGAAGAUCCGUAUGAUGGCAGAAGUCUUAUCAUGAGAAUCAACAAUCGAACAUUUGAAAGUAUAAUGGGUCUGUUAGGUUAUAUUGACGGCAACGGUGAUGCAGAAGCAAAUUAUACAGUUCUAGCUCUAGAGCCUGAUGAUAGUAGAUUUGGUUAUGGACUGAAGCCGGUUGGAGCCUUUCUGAGAGAUCCUGAUACAGCUAUGGAUGUGUAUAGAAGUUAUAAUGAAAUAUUUGAUGGAGUGAUACCUAAAGAUGAACCAGAUUGUGGUUAUGAUGGAGAAAAAUGUAAACCACCCACCAAUCUGGUAGCUUUUAUCGCUGGUGGUACGUUAGGUGGUGUUGUAUUAAUUAUUGUAGUUGUGGUAGUUAUAGCAUAUAGAAACUGGCGAUAUGAACAAGAAUUAGCAAGUUUAAUCUGGAAAAUCGAUCUGAAAGAGAUAAUGCUACAACCGGAUACGUUACGUAUAAGUUGCGACAGUGUGUUACUUCUCUUUCAGAAUUUAUUCAGCAGCCAAACUACAAUAAGUCAUGAAAGAAAUGAACAAACAUUUACUCAAGCAGGUGUAUAUAGAGGUGUUUUAGUUGCUUUAAAAUUGGUUAGAAAGAAAAAAGGUCUUGAUUUAUCCCGAGAAGUUAAGCUGGAAUUAAAACAGAUGCGAGACAUACGACAUGCAAAUCUUACAGAGUUUAUAGGAGCUAGUGUCAAUCAAAAUGAAAUUUAUAUUGUUACAGAAUAUUGUCCUAAAGGCAGUCUUGAGGAUAUUUUAGAGAAUGAUGAUGUUAAAUUAGACAGUAUGUUUAUAGCUUCUAUUGUAGCUGACAUAUUAAAGGGUAUGAUAUAUUUACAUAUGAGUGAUAUACAAUCCCACGGUAAUUUAAAAUCUGCUAAUUGUCUAGUAGAUAGUAGAUGGGUUGUGAAAAUAACUGAUUUUGGUUUAUGUAAAUUCCAAGCUGGGAGUGAAAUUCCCUAUCACGGUGAACAUGCUUUUUAUAAACGAUAUCUUUGGACAUCACCAGAGUUAUUGAGGCUAGAUAAGUUUCCACCAGGAGGAACACAGAAAGGCGAUGUUUAUUCGUUUGGUAUUUUACUAUAUGAAAUAUUAUCACGAUGCGGUCCAUUUGGAGAUUGUCUGCUGACACCAAAAGAAAUCAUCGAACGUAUAAAAAAUGGUCCAGAGAAUGGUGUAUAUUUCCGACCUAGCUUAGCGCAGUUAGAUUGUGAAGGAUAUAUACUGGAGGUGAUACGGGAUUGUUGGUCAGAGAAUCCUGAAUUUAGACCUGAUAUGAAGACCUGUAGGAAACGAUUGAGGCCGAUGCAGAAGGGGAUGCACUCCAACAUAUUUGAUAAUAUGAUGAUUAUGAUGGAGAAAUAUGCCAAUAAUCUAGAAGCUGUGGUAGCUGAAAGAACUGUAGAAUUAGCAGAGGAAAAGAAGAAAACAGAAACAUUGUUACACAGCAUGUUACCAAGAUCUGUAGCUGCCCAGUUAGUCCGAGGUCAGCCAGUUAUUCCCGAGGCAUUUGAGAAUGUAACGAUAUAUUUUAGUGAUAUCUGUGGUUUUACAAACAUGUCAGCAAAAAGUACUCCAUUGGAGGUAGUUGAUUUGUUGAACGAUCUGUAUACUCUUUUUGAUUCUAUUAUAAAGAAUUAUGAUGUAUAUAAAGUUGAAACAAUUGGUGAUGCUUACAUGGUAGUCAGUGGUUUACCUAAACGUAAUGGCAUCAACCACGCCGGAGAAAUAGCUUCUAUGUCACUACAUUUAUUAUCAUCCAUUAAACAAUUUAAAAUUCGUCACAUGCCAAACGAAAUCAUUAAAUUGCGAAUUGGACUACAUUCUGGUCCUGUGGUAACUGGCGUUGUUGGUUUAACUAUGCCGAGAUAUUGUUUAUUUGGUGAUACAGUAAAUACCGCCUCAAGGAUGGAAUCUACUGGAGAACCUUUAAAGAUUCACGCUAGUCCACAAAGUAAGCAGUUAUUAGAUGAACUGGGUGGCUAUGAAUUAGAAAGUCGGGGUGCAAUUGAAGUCAAGGGGAAAGGAGAGGUUCAUACAUAUUGGUUA